CCGAACCAACCAGAAGCAAGUUCUGUGUAAAAUUCGUCCAGACGUGACUAGAAGAAAUAGAACAAAAAAUUGUGCUCGUUCAUCGUUUUCGUCCGAUUACUCAUCAUCGUAGGGUGAUGCAAGUUUCUUAAUAGUGUGCUGGAACCGAAAUAUCGUCCCAAUUUCGCAGGCAUACACUAAACAUGUCGAUGAAAAUUACCAUCACCGUUGGUGGGCGGCAGAGUAAUUUUUUACUCCUCGGCGACGAUGUUUGCAAGAAUCUGGCUGAGGUAAAGGAGUUCUGCUCCAGCCGCUUCCAACAGUUGGAAAAUGAAAAUGGCAUCAAGAUCUUCUGGAAAGAUCAAGAUGGCGAUGAGAUAAGCGUCGUAAAAGAGGUUGACUUUCGUAGCUUCAUGCUUGCAACGGAAAAUGAAAAAGUCCGUCUGUAUGUUGAAGCAACUGAUGAGACAGCGGUAGAUCCCGGCGCGGAACACCCCGGUAUCCAAUGUGAUGAGUGUGAGCAGGGUAUUGUGGGCCAUCGGUACAAAUGCCUUAUGUGCGACGAUUAUGACCUGUGCAUGACUUGCGAGUCGAAGCAUCGCCACAAGGACCAUAUGAUGGUUCGCUUCCCGCGGUCGACGAAGACCACGCAGAGCCGUGGUGAUGCCAUCAGGGUUUCGGCUUGGAUUGAGAGGAUGGGACGUUACGCGAAAAAAAUUGAUCUUCUUAUAUCAGGCACAAACGAUACCGAAGCAAACGGCAAUGGCAACGGGGUGGAGAUUGACAAAGAUGAUGAUAAAAUCCAUGGCUGGGGUCCACGCGAACUGACUUUCAAAGUAACGCGCUCGAUGACUGCCAAAGAAUCCCAUUUGGCUCAUGGAAAACCAAAACUACAAAGCCAUGGUCAAGGAAAGCAUAAGCAACAAUCAAUGAGUAAGGCUGAUGUCGGAGCAUCCUCCAAAAUGCGCGACCAACCGAAGCGCCCCAGGGAAAAACAAGUUUCAUCCGCUCGCAGUAACAUCGCUGGGUUUUUAAAACAUGGUGCACAAAGUAAGCAAUCAGGCAAUACCCCAACAACGGUGUAUUGCCCGGAACAUAACACCUAUCAUGUUAAACGUCCUAUCGAGAAACCAUUCACAACGAAAGAGCCCAAAGAAUCAACGUCGGCUGUCAACACUGCAACUGGAGGGACACAGCAGCAGAGUUCUUCUAAACCUACAUCCCCAACCGGGUCGGUAGUUACCGGACUGGUAGAUGGUGUUCUCAAGCACACACCACCGGAAUGGAAUAAGUUCCUACCCACCGAGGAGGAAAUGAAUCGCUUGAGCUCAAAAGUCUCGGGCCUACUGAGUGUUCUGGGUUUGGAGGUAACCAUGCCUCCUACUGGAGCUGAAGUAGCGUCAAAAUCUUCGGGCUCCUCAUACAAGGAAACUGAGCGCAAGACUUCGGAGGAGGAAAAGGAUCCCCAAUCGGAUUCCAAGAAUUCUGCAAAAGAGGAGGAGCCGGAGAAGGUCGCUACAAAUAAUCCGCCUGAGAUUACUUCUGUAACCAAGAAGGCUUUGCAGGAAACUGAUAAUGUCGUAGUUAAUGCCUCGCAGGAUGCUGUCCCGGAGGAAGAAGAAGUUAAAGAGCAGGCCACAGAGAGCGACGAUUGUUCGGCGGAUACAUCCUCCGCCUCGAUGUUGACUGACGACGAUGAGGACGUCAUUGAAGCAGCCCAAGUGGCUGAACAGAACGCAUCACCGCAAGCGUCGUCUAGCCGUCUGGAGAUACCAUGGAUUAUGGUCGAUCUUCCGGACGAUCGCGAGGAAGAGGUAAAACAGGCUGUAAUCAACACAACGUCUUCGGUACCGGUUGCAUCCGGUACACCUGCCUCGUCUCCCGAAAAAGUUGAUGACAAGCAAACUCCAAAAGAAACCUCUCCUAAGGAACAACCAGAGGUGGAGGAAUUCUAUGCAAAUACUUUCCAAAACAUGGUCGACCUGGUCAAGCAAUUGACGGUCGAUCCAAAUGGCGCUGAAAAGAAGGUUUCGGAACUGAUCGAGGGUUCCCAGAAGGAGAAGAACAAACUUGUUCAGGAUGAUCGCUACAAGGCCCAUCUGGAGAAAGCAGCCAAGGAGCUCGAGAAGCAUCUAUUGGAAAUUAAACAGAAGGAAGAGACCGAACGACAACAGCAACAGCAAAAAGAAGCCUCCGAGGCCAAGGACAAGGGAAUUCAAGCCAGCUCUACUUCGGUACCUUCGUCCACAACAUCACCAGCUAGGCUUAAUUCCAUGGCGGAUGCGUUUACAAUGUCACGGACCCGGGCGGUACCUCUUCGAAUGUACAGCCGACGUCCGCAUGUGAAUCACGCCAUCCAAACUAUGAUGACGAUGGGUUUUAGCAACCACGACGGACGCCUGACGCAUCUGCUCGAGACACUGAACGGCGACAUCCCGCGUGCGCUUGAUAGGCUGAUGCAGAACAUGUCCUAAAACGAUAGGGAGAUAUCGUUUCAUACAUUUAGUAUUACAGAAAUUGGGCAUUGGUGGGGGAACACAGACCAGAUGGUCGAGCAAAACAUGAUGAAUACAAUUUUUAACAUUUUUUUUAAAUUCUAUAAGACAGCUAAGGUUGUUACUCGAAUGGACAAAUCCUAACUAUUGACGUUCAUCAUGUUGGGUUGCUGCGGCCUUCAAUAACUUUUAUUUUUUUUAUGAUUUAAGGGUAUUUUGAAGUUCCAGAUACAGUAUGCGCUAGUCAUUGAGCAUAUUUUGCAUACGCACGGCUUAAGCAAGGUGUGUUUAAUGACUGACUGACACUGUAAUUAUUCAGUUUUAUUAUUCAACUAACCUACAUGUAUUCACUUUACUCAUCCACUCGGUA